AUGACUAAAUUUGGUGUUAUUUUCCUAAUUGUUUCAGUCUGUGUGGUACUAUCGCCAGCUGAUCCAGGUCUAUUGCGACGCUUAAAGAAAGGGCCGCUCAUAAAACGGGCACCAGUAGGGUCAGUUGUCAAAAAGGUUGUUGCUGUCGAAAAGCAACAGCCAUGCAAAUCGGACAGAUGCCGAACGUGCCGCAAUGACUGCAACGGCAAUGACAAAUGCUAUAAUGAAUGCAUCGUUAUUGAAAAAUGCAGAAACGGGUGUAAAGGAAAUGAAAGGUGCCAGAAUAACUGCGGUUGGGAUCCUCCAGGCGGGGCUAUAACACCACGGGCUACAACACCACGGGCUACAACACCAAUGGCUACAACACUACGGGCUACAACACCAAUGGCUACAACAGCACCUCCUCGACCUCCCCCACCUCCACCACCUCCUCGACCUCCCCCACCUCCCCCACCUCCCCCACCUCCACCACCUCCACCACCUCCACCACCUCCAGGCCCACCAG